AUUCACCUUGAAAGAGGCGUCAUGGCUUCGUCUUUAACCCAUCUGGAUUUCACAUAAAACUGCCAACUCUUGAAUAAUUCAAAAUGUACGGGUUACUUAUAGAAAGUGUGUGCGAGUUCAUCAAGGAAAAGUUCGGUGAGGAUGACUGGCUGCGGAUCAAAGAGAAGUCGAGGGUUCACGAGUACACCUUUGUUACACACAGAAUGUACAGUGAGAAGAUCAUCCCUCGGCUUGGACAGGCGGUCCAGGAUGUAACAGGGUACAGCAAAGAACAGUUCAUGGACGAGACUGGUGUCCAGUUUGUCAAGUUUCUCAACAAGUACGAGUACGACAAAAUGCUGAGAGUACUCGGUAGGAGCCUCCGAGACUUCCUCAACGGCCUGGACAACCUACACGAGUACCUGCGCUUCAGUUACCCCAAGAUGAAGCCUCCGAGCUUCUUCUGCACCGAUGAGAGCCUCGAGGGCCUCACCUUGCAUUACAGGACGAGGCGCAAAGGCUACACCCAUUACGUCAAGGGACAACUUCGACAAGUGGCUAAACAGUUCUACAACCAGGAAGUUUCUGUGAUUAUAGUCGAAGAGAAACAAUCGUCAAAAGAUACCUUCUAUGUUAAAUUUAGGAUUAACUUUGACAACAAGGAGUAUACGGAGAGGGUGCGGCUUUCUAGUGUGAUGAACGGACACGCUCAACUGCGGGCAAACUUAUUCUUUGAUGUCUUUCCUUUCCAUAUAGUCUUUGGCAACGACAUGAAAAUACGGAAUUCAGGUAAGUCCACUCCUACCUAUUCAUCUUUCAAGCGGGAAGAUUUAUUCAGUUGAAUAUACACUGUUAGAAAAUGUAACCUUUAAAGGAAAGAAGUUCCUGCAACAGAGUCUCGAGAACACCUUUAAUCUUACCAUAUUGUGUACAGGAAAUUGAUAU